AUGGAAGGGUUCCGCCAUCAAGGGCGGCCCCUGUAUGUUCGGCCAACUCCCGAGACCUAUGCUUACCAGAAUCUUUAUGGAACUGUGAGAAAUAAUCCAUCUGGAAAAGUAAGACCACAGCUGGACUUAGAUGCUUUUGCAAAUAGCGGAAGAAGUAAAAAAUCUUUUAGUUUUUUACCUUGGAGAAAGAGCAAAAGCAAAACUGACGAUGUCUUGCCUGCCGGCAAUGGGACUUUGUCCAAACAUAAUAAGUAUAAAUUUGGGUCAGUUUCGGCAUUGUCUUCUGGAGGACUAUAUAGAGACUAUGAUUCAUCAUUAUCGUAUACACCAUCGUUUUCAGCCUCUGACCUAAAGCAUACAUCUGUUAGAAGUGUGGGCCCAAGAAACCGCGGAUUAGUGACGUAUCCUUGGGAAACGUACAACAACAACAACAACAAUACUGAUGUUGAUCUGAAAAAUAGUAAAAAUAAUCAAUUAAAUAAAAUUAAUAACAUUCCAGGUAACUCUUUAACUAGUAAGACAAAAGCAAUUUCUUUGAGUGACGAACCGUCAUUUAGGACAACUAUUUGCAAGUGUCAUAAAAAGAAAUCAGGUCCGUUUGGAACAUUGAAUUUAGGUUCAUUGAAGUCGUCAAAAUGCAACUGUGGGUUUUCAAGUGUUAGAUCCUCUCACGGCGUAGCUCCGCCACCACCGCAAAGAAGGAAGUCGAUUCUUCCUGACAAAGUUGAUCUCUAUGCAGUUCAUGAAGAACAGCCACAUUCUGAUUCGCUGUUUGGGGGAAAUCGCCGCAAACAUGAGAACAUUUAUGAUACCCUUAGUAGAAAUGGGAAAUAUAGAGCCCCCGCACCACCGUCGUCCCAAAUCGUGAGUUACACUCCAAAAUCUUCGUCGCCUCAAUCAAAAUUCGCCCAGUCAAUAGAAAAAUGCAAAAAAGAUCCCUUCAGUUCAAUAGCUUCAAGAAAAUCUAUUCUAGAAUGUGAUGUUACUGCGUAUGAUUUAGUUAAGAGUUAUUUAAAGGAAAACACAUCCGAAAACGCCGAAAGUGAUUUAGAUGAUGAUUUAAGUGAUAAUAUUUUAGAAAAGAAAAACUCUAAUAAUAAUGCUCCUGUGGCAAACGAAAAGUUUCAAAAAGAUAAACAUAAUUCGUUAUCUACUAAUGAUAAAUUAGUGAAACAAAUUAAUAAAUCUCCGAGCCCUGUCAGCUCAGAGAGCGAAAGUGGAAUUUAUUCUCAAACAUCAAGUCUUCGAAUUGGCGGUCAUGGUAUGAAAGUUUUCCAUCCUGCUGAUAAUAAUGGAGGUUCUCAAAAUUCAUCUUUGUACUCAGAAGGUUCUAAAACUAACUCCGUAGAUUCACGAACUAGCAGUUGGAGUAACAGUUCUCUUUCAGAUGAUGGAAUUUAUUCACUGCCAGAACCAGAUUAUGAUGAUGACAAAGAGUUUCAUGAUUCUGUUUCUGUUCCUUUCAAAGACAGAAUAUACGCCGCUACUGAUUCUCCAAAUUUACGGAAGUUCUCCAGUGGUGGCUGCAUAAACAGCUUAGAUUUUUCAUCGCGUGGUUCAGUAGCUGAAAAUCAAGGUUAUGAGCCAGAGUCUCCAAGAUUUUCUACGAUUCGUAAAGCUACUUCUAUGCUAUCUCUAGCCAGUGAAGGUGGUACAUUAAGAAGUAGAGGAAAAGUCUCUUGUACACCAGUUCCCCCACCGAAUGUCUCUACGUCUGUUUCACCGCCACCACCUCCACCACCCCCACCCCCACCGCCUCCACCAGCAAACUUUUCAAUUCUGAAAACAAAGCCAGCUACAGAUUCGACUUCUACGACCGAAGAAGAUGCCACAUUGACCAGAAAGAAAGCAACUUCUUUUGUUGGGAAUUCCCUUAGCUCAUCUAUAGCAUCUGAACUAUCAGAAAAGCUUAAAAGCAACCAACCUAUCCUGAAGAAGAACGAAAUAAAACCAAAACAGCCCCUGAAAGUGAACUCUCAUAACCCUUACGCAGAGGUGAAAUCAAUUUUAAAAAAGACAGGGGAAAGCAACCAUUCUCCUACAAACAGCAGUGAUACGAACUCUCCAGGCUACAGCUCUAAAGUCUUCCUCAGCAACCUGCCAGAAGUUCAGAAAAAGAAGCGCGUGCAGUUCAAGUCGCUGAGCAACGAGUCCUUAGCCGUGGAACAAAUCCAGCACCCGACUCUCUCCUCUUCUGAUGAAGAGUGGGAAGAGGCUCGGGAGAACUUCACCACUGAUCCGAAAAGUCCUGAGGAUUCGGACAUACGGAAGAAGAAUGAUGAGGGCUUCCAGACUGUCGAGGACUACUUAAACUCCAAGAAGGAGGCGGAUAAGAAUGUGAGUGGUUCGAGGACUCCAAGCCCUGGAAAGAAUGCUCUUAAUAAAGUUGAAGUUAAGGUUACUUCAAGAACUUCAACGAUACCCAGGCCUUCGCAACCUCCUCCUCCACCUCCGAAUAUCAAGGGAAGGGGCAUGCAGAAGGGCCCUCCACCCCCUAGACCCCUGACCUCAGCUCCAAAAAGCUUCAGUCACAGCGAUUUGCGAAUAACAUCACCUAGUCGACCCGGACUUGGAAAGAUCGCUGGAAAUCGAAUAGGUCAGCAAACUCUAAAUCAAAACCGAGGGAGAAACAGGGUUCUGGAUGUAAAUUCAUCUUCGACUGUGACAGGUAAGUGAGAAAAACAAAAAGUACUCUAUAUUCAGUACUUUUACUCUACAGCUAUCAUUGGAAUAUUUUAAAGUCUCCGUUUUUGAAAUAAUUUACGAAAAGAAAUGAAAAUGAAUCCCUUAAAUGUUUUAUACAAGAACUAUUAAAGAAACUUUAACUUUGACCUUGAAAAAAUCUCAAAAUUAUGCAAAA